AUGCCCAACACGAACGCACCUAUCGGCGUGGUCAUCCUCGCUCGCCACGGCGACCGGGCGGGCUUCUACCAGAACCCGACGAGCUACAGCGCCUCCGACACGGCCGUCACACCCCUCGGCGAGCAGCAACUGUUCCAAGUCGGUUCGCUCGUGCGCAAUAUCUACGCUGGAUCCGACCCAACUCGCGCUAUCUCUGGCUUGAGUAACACCACCUUUGACGGGUUCAAGAUCAACUCGACUGCGGAUGCCGGAGGAGAGGGCAGCGUUAUCUACGAUUCGGCGCUGGCGUUCUGGCAGGGUUUCUACCCUCCCCGCACCGACAUCUCGAAUAUCACGCUCGCAAACGGAACGGUCGUCACCUCGCCGCUGGGCGGCUACCAGUACGUCCAGGUUAAUACGGUCAUGCCCGACGACGACAUCGACUUUGAGCCUUGGACGAACUGCGCCGUCUGGCCUAACCGGACUACUGAGCUCUACGCAUCGCCUGAAUGGACGGCCCGCGCCGACCAAGACAAGGACUUGCUGGACCUGAUCAAGUCGAGCGGGCUCGUCGGCAACCGGACAGUCACGAUGGCCAACGCCUACAACGUCUGGGACUACAUGAACGUCAACUCGAUCCACAACGCGACUUAUGCUGCGGAGCUGAAUGCGACGGGCCAGGACGUCCUCGCUCGGGCGCAUGACCUCGCCAACUUCCACGAAUACCGCCUCUUCACCGACUCGACGCCCGGCGGUCUCGGGAACAUCCCCGGUCGCGCCAUUCUGUCCCGCAUCAUCGCUUCGAUGCAGCAGUUCACGGCAACUGGCAACCAGGUCGUCAUCUCGCACAUGCACGCGUCGUACAAGCCCUUCCUCUCCAUCUUCAACAUGACCCAGGUCGCCGCCGCCACAAACCCCUCUCUCCCCAACCCUUACGGAAUGGUCGACUACGCCUCCGCAGCCGUCUUCGAAGUCCGACCAGGCGGCUCUGGCGCGAGCGGCCACGAUGUCCGCUUCGGGUUCCGCAACGGCUCGUCCACCGACAGCGACUUCACCUACAUCCCGCUGUUUGGCUCGAACGAUGUCGACGUCGACUUGAACACGUUCGCGUCGAACCUUGACCCGUACAUCAUCCCGAACAACACCGCCUGGUGCACCCUCUGCUCGAACAACGGCUCCGUCCCCGCUUGCUCCGAAUGGGCUUUGACGCAGCAAUACGAGACGCUGGCGACCAAGUACGAGAAGAUUGCCGACGGACACUUUACGAGCGUCGGGAGCGGGUUCAUUGGAGCGGCGGUGACGAUCUUUGUUGGAUUGGCUGUCCUGGGUCUCAUGCGCGCGCUGGGCUUCGUCUCCUUCGGCAAGCGCUCGAAGCAAAAUUACGGCGACCGCUACCCUCUCACGGACCAGCAGAGCUACAAGGGAUCCGUCGCAAACAGCCAGCUGUGA